GGAAGGUUUCACUGCUCGUAGUAAUGGAAUCGAUGCAGUAUAGGAUUGUAUGAAAGUCGUUGUCUGAAUGUGAAGACAAGGCUCGGGGAUGUUUCCAAUACCCCGACACUGUUGACGUCAGGAUUUAUAUUCACAGGUCACACAUUCAAGUUGCGACACCUUUAGAACCUACAUCCAUCACGCAAAGCGCAACAACAAUACGUUGAAAAAAUAUGACAGAUGACAACAAUUUCUUGGAGGCUGUAGAAGCUCUCGUUUUUGAUGCGUUUGGGACCACCGUCGAUUGGCUCACGACUGUGAUGAGGGAGGUUGCUCGCAGGAGUCAUGGCAGAAUUCAGGAAGGUUCUUCCGAUGCGGAAGAUUUUGCUCGAGAAUGGAGACAAGGAUACAUGACUACCAAUCAGAAUAUCGCAAAAGGAGCUGAAGGAACUCUAAACUCAGACAUCAUGCACAGAGAUAUCCUUGACAGUAUGCUGGCAUCUCCUCGCUGGUCUUAUCUAUCUUCUGUGUGGAACGAGAGCGAGCGUCAGGAUCUCACUCUGAUCUGGCAUCAUCUUGAUGGGUUCUCUGAUGUCACUGAAGGCUUGGAAAGGCUAAAGAAGCACAAGAUUGUUGUAACACUCUCGAACGGAAAUAUGCGCCUUUUGGUUGAUAUGGCUAAACACGCAAACUUACCGUGGGAUGCCAUUUUCCCGGGAGAGAUGUUUGGGUCAUUCAAGCCCAACCCGAAGCUCUAUCAUGGCGCUGCUUACCACCUGUCUCUCCCACCUCACAAGAUUGCCAUGGUGGCCGCCCACAUAUGGGAUUUACGUGCAGCCGCCGAAGUAGGGUACAAGACAAUUUAUGUGCCAAGGCCCGUAGAAGAUUCCCCUGAAAUCAAGGCGCAGUUGAAAACAAAAAAGGAUGGCGGCGAGGUCGAUUUGAUCGUGAAAUCAUUCGUAGAGCUAGCAGAGAUAGUGGAAGGUAAGAAUUAAUUUUGGUCAGAAGAAGGUAGUACUCGUUGGCUGGGCUGAUUAUAUGAUUAUAUUGGCGGUGCGUGUGGUUUUGUACGAUCACCUUCGCCAUGGUCUGGGGAGAAAUGGUUUCGGAUAAGAUAGCGUCCAGAGACAACUAUGAUACAAAUAUCUAGCAAAUACAGCUGAAAAAUCAAAGGGAAUUUGGGAUACAUCGAGCAGACGAACGAAUGGAACGAAAAGAAUGGAAAUGGAGAAAGAUCGUGGUAUCAACGUGGGAAUUCAACAGGCAAAAAAUACAAAUUCAAGAAUGGGGCAUGUAAUCAUCAUCACACCUCACUCGUCUCUUUCACUACAGUCAUGUAUACUGCAUUGCGACUCUGCGAUCGCUUGACACCGUUCGUUGGCCUGUUCCUCUUAGGAGGGUUCGACAACUGGAUAGCGGAGCUAUC